GUUUUAAUUCUCCGCCUGGAGGGGUGCUGACUUUUUGAUUCCCCUGCCUCAGUUAGAUAUGGUGCUGGAUUUUAAUGGGAUUAACUUUACAACAAUCAUCUUGAUCGGGAAAAAUUAAUUUGUAUUGGAUAUUUAUUUAACAUGGAUCCUUAUAGUCCAUCACAUCCGACUGAUCAGGAUAUGGAUUUAGAGUCUAAUUCUCCUGCAACUCCGGAACAAGAUGCUAAUCAGAACCAGUUACCUCCUGACCAGUCUCUUAGCGAUGUUGUGCCAUUGCUUUUUAACUCUAAUACAUUUGACUGUGCGCAGGAUACUAAUGUUCUUCAAUCGAACCAUAACAAGGAGGGACCACACUUUGAGGUAAGCAACGAACAUAAUUCAUCAGGAGAGAGAGGGUGCGCUCCGCCUUUUUCAGUUAAGUCAAUUGAAGAAAAUGUUCCCAAAGAGACGAAGCACGACUAUCGGGCUCACACAAGACCGUCCAGUGUCCACAAACGGUCUGUCCAACCCCAUCACCGUAGGAGUAGAUCACGUUCUCCUAAAAGAGGUAAUAAGUUCGAGGAUAAAACAAGUAGGAGAUCCAGAUCUCAUUCAAGGCACCGUGUCCGCAAACACCGUUCAAGAUCUCGUUCCAACGAACGCAGACGGAGCCGAUCUAGAACACCUCCAAGACAUUCUCGAGUAGUUGAACGCCUGCCAGGUCCACGUUCUCGUUCGCGAUCCCCAGCUAAAUCAAGAAGGUCGGUUAAUGAAAAACGUGUUUCCCGGUUUUCUGAUGAACCAAAUUUUUCAUAUAAAGCGAAGGAGCGUGACUCUUUCGUUUGUGGCGGACACAAAGAUUCAGACUCGGUACGUUGGGACGUUUCAAAACAUGUGGAGGAACAGUCCGCACCUGAGGCAGUCAUAACGACUGAACCAACUAAUUCCCCUACAGAGUUGAAUGAUGCGAAGCAUGUCCCUAACGUUACUGUCGAUAUAUUCCCUCAAAGUCAACCGCGAUCCACUGUACAACCUUUGACCAGGUGGCAAAAUGCUUCUUGUAACAACUCGGCUUUUCUGCACAGGAUCCCACAAAUGAAUUAUAAUCCUAUGCGUUUUCCUCAAAAUAACUAUGGACUUAUGGGGAUUUCCACUUCAACAUUCCCAUCAGGCGUAAUACCAUAUCCCAGUGCACCAAUGCCUCCGAAUUUUAUGCAGCCACCUCCUUUGAUCGUCCCGAGAUUGAGUACAACUAUGCUUCCUGGGACUAAUUCAGUUUUUCCCGGUCAGUGCAUGCAAUCAGUGCCGAGCUUGCCUAUGGUAAUGUCGGGUCCUGGUUUCCAAACUACUGCUCUGCCUCCACCUCCUCCACCCCCACCACCACCACCCCCUACAUUUGCGCAACAGAUGCAGGCUCCAGCUUCUAAUCUCUUAGAAACCUUAAUGAGCAAGGCGGGUCUACCUUGUAAUACACUAAGCGAUUUAAAUCUAAAUAAUAAACCAAAUGACAAACCUGAUUCUGUUCGUGAGAGCUCUCCCAUGAAACAAAUCAACAAACUGUUAAGCUCGGCUGCAAGUUCUCUUUUAAACCAACUUGCAGGUAACCAAAGAACGGAUGUAGACACUUCAUCUUCUGAUCCAUUGCCACCUCCUCCUCCACCACCGUUACCAUUCCAACAACAUAAUGAGCUGCCGCCAACCACUUCUACUCUGUCACAUUCAUUCGUACCUCCUCCACUCCCAGCAGUAAUUAAUCCGUUUUCUAACAACGAAAUCGGUGACAAAGUGUUGCCUAAUGGUGCAUGUGGAGAAACUAAAACGGAAAGUAAGAAACCUUUUGGAGACAUGAAGAUUGAGGAAGUACUAGCAAAGCGGAAAAGAUACGACUUCUCUUCACGUCGUGAGUGGCAAGAACGUAUCGCCUUGGAAGUAAAAUCAGUUUUAAAGCCUGCAUACUCUCUACGACGUAUUAAUAAAGAAGAUUACAAAGAAAUCAUGAAAAAGGCUGUUACUAAGAUUUCGCGAAGUGGUACAUCUUCAAUCAAUACCGAAAAAAUAAGCGCAUUUGUAAAGCUGUAUAUUGAGAAAUAUCACCGUAUGCAUAAAAUAAAAGCUCAGGCAACUGCAAAGGCAACUGUACAGUGAACGUGUUAUUUUAAUUUCAUUGUAAAUUGUAUAUAAUAUAGAUUAUUUAAUAUAUACCAGAAGGUUAUGUUUUUCAGCUCAUGUUAGAAACCGCAUCUUCUCUAUUUAUAGGUGUUUUAUAUAGUAUGUCAUAAUUAACAUACAGCCUAGAAUAAAUGUGUGUUAGCCCAAGUUGCCAUGCCACUUCAGGACGGCGAGUUGAAAUUAACAAAAAUACCAAAUAAGUCGAAGUCAUGUAGUAUUAGUGUCAAUGACUAAAACUAAACAUGAAGAAUAUGGUUCGAAAAAGAUGAGUUUUUAGUUAUUAUAUACAUCAUAGGGUGUCGAUGUCACUACAUUUUUUGGUGUAACUAAUACAAAUACAGUUAUUCAUGAGGCUUUCUUCCAACGGUGCUUCAUCUCCAACUUCUGUCCUAGAAGUAUGUAACCUUGAUUAUUUUAUAGCUGUACCUACCUACAUUUGUAUUCUAAAGACCAAAAUAAUUGAUUAGGCGUAUGAUUCAUUCAGCUAUCCUCAUAAGUACAUCAUCAAUGAUAAGUCUGUUAGAAACGGUUUAGUAUACUCUCUCAAACUAAUUGAACUUUUUGCCCUAAUUUAUAUCUUGUUUUUAGUGUGCAACUCUCAUUUUGACAAGUCCGAUUGGGUCCUUAGGUUCCACUAAAGUCCCAAAAGCUGUUACAUGUUCUUGUUUUUAAAACUUUUGAAGUGGUUUCCGGGCUGCAGUAGCACUUUAGGCGACAAGAAUCUCAGUAUAUAUGUAUAUUUGCCUAUGCAGAGAGAUGAAAAUCCGACUACCACAAUGAACAGUGGAUAUUGGCCGAGACUAGCCCUAGAAUCACUACCUCCCGAUCCAAUCAGUGUUGGCUUUUACACACGUGUUCUAGAUUCCGUUCCAGCCAUAAACUCAUGUUCUCUAGAUGGUUAAGAGUUGGGUUUUUCAAAUGUGUAUGGUUGCAUAUCCCCAGGUUUAUGCUGUCUAUGGUUGCGGGACACCUGUUACUCAAAAGGUCCUUAAGAUUGGUUCGUACUAUAACCCUUAAGUUAAUGGUGUCAAUGUAGAGCGGAAAGUUUAGGCACGAGCUGUUUGAUGAAAUUAGUGUUUAGAAACUGAUGGCUAGAUGUCUCUCCAUUUGGCUGAUAACAGUUUCAUUAGUUGGCUUUGACUGAGACUAGUAAGGAAUUCAGUCGCAGUUGGUUAGCCCGAUUAAGGAACGGUGGUAGUCAUUGAAGUUUACCAUUUGUGUUCUAAGUCGUGCCAAAAUUUAUGUUGUUAAUGUUGAGUUGUCAAUGCACUAUGACUAACCCUGAUACACCGACUUAAUUCAUAAUCGGUUGUCGGUGGUACACUCUCAUCUGUGUCCCACGUACGAACUCAGAACCAGGGCUCUUUCCAACAUUACUAUGAUGUGAUGUUCUCUCGGUUCGAUUGCGAAGCUUCCACUAAACCAUUUAGUUCUGAGAAUAAAGCACCAUAUUAAGCUGCAGGUCUUUGCUAUAUUACCAUAAUGUUUUCCAGGCGCAUCAGUAGGAAGUGGAUCGAGCACUCAAUGCUUAUCUUGACGAAAAGGAUGAUGGGGAAAUGAGGUGUAGUGCAGUGAUUAAUGUUUGUUUCUACUGACCUACGAUGUUGAAGUUCAGUCUAUCUCCUAUUGUGACCGGCCUCAAGCGGUUACCACUUGGGCACUGCGGUCACGCUCUCGGGUCACUAAGACCAACUCUAACCCAAUUUCCUUUUCAGGUACCUCUAGAAGGACCUCUCCACGGUGUGGACAACCGGGAAGUUAUAACUGCCCUCAUACCUCUAACAGCACUUAAGACCAUUGGAUUCAUAAUCAACUUCCCUCUUCGGUUUCUAUUAUUCCUCCUACCUUGACUACUAACUCCAAACUUCUUUCUUCGAAUUCCUCCUCAAGUGUCACCAUGGCCAACACUUCUAGUGCGUGAAACACUGUCCCAGAUUUACUGAAACCUCGCUCCAAACUAC